CCCUGUUCAGCCGGCCAGUUUCUCUCUCUCUCCUUGUCUGUCUGUCUGCCUGUUUUUUUUCUCUCUCCCGGACCAGGUCUCCUCCACCAUGCUGGUAAAAGCACUCCUUCAGACCUCGCUGGUCCUAUGGCUGGCACAGCACACUCUACAAGGAGGAGUGAAACCUCAAAGUGGCGGUAUGGGGAGAAUGCUACCCAGGGGGGCUGGUGCUCUUGGGAUACAGGGAGGCCGUGGAGGCUACGGAGCCAAUGGAGCCAAGCCCGCUAAGACCGGAGGAGCUGGGGGUGGUCGUUAUCCAGGGGGGGCUCAGCAGCUUGGAGGAGGGGGAUACAGAGGCCCAGGGGGGGCCGGGGGUAGAGGAGGAUAUGGUAAUGGAGGCCAGGGAGGCUAUGGUGCUGGUCUGGGAGCAGGAAUGGGCCAAGGAAUGGGGAUGGGAGCCGGACUGGGCUCACAGGGUGGGAAACCAGGUGGAGGAUAUGGUGGUAAUGGCUAUGGCACACAGCCAGGUUACGGGGCUGGAGCUGGAGCCAGAGGCUAUCCACGACCAGGUGCUGGAGCUGGGUAUCCCAACGGGCAGGGAUCUAAGGCGCCAAAACCGGCUUAUGGUGCAGGAGCUGGAGUGCCCAAUGGACAGGGUGCUAAACCCAAUGGGUAUGGUGCAGGAGCUGGAGGAGUUCCCACUGGACACGGUGCUAAACCAUCCAAACUGGGUGCCUCUGCGGGAGGUUUGGGAGAUGCUGGAAAGGGUAAUAAGGGCGAAGGUCUAGUGGCACAGGAUUUAACAGGAGCAAAAAGCCAAGGACCUGCUGCAGUGCUAGAUGUGAAGGGGCCCAAAAGCCCUUGUCCUGUUCUUCAAGCACAGGGAGCCAAAGGCUAUGGACCUGCAGCUCCACUGGGAAAGGAGGCCAAGAGUUCUGGUCCCGUAGCUCAGCAGCCACAGGGGGCCAAAGGUUUUGGACCGGCAGCCCCAAAUGACAAAGGGAUCAAAAGUUCUGGUUCUGUGGCAUCCCAUACACAGGGGACUAAAAGCCUAGGACCUCAGAUACCCAUUAGGAAAGAGGCCAAAAGUCUUGGUCCUGCUGCAGUGGCAGAUGGGAAGGGGGGUAAAGGUCAAGGCCUGGUAGCUCAGCAGCCACAGGGUUCCAAAGGUGUUGGUUCUGUGGUCCCAGAGUCACAGGGGGCUAAAAGCCUACGACCUCAGGUGCCUGUUGGGAAAGAGGGCAAAAGUCUUGGUCCUGUAGCACAGGGAGGCAAAAACUAUGGACCUACGAUACCAGAUGGACAGGGAGCCAAACAUUUCGGCCCUGUUGCACUAGAACGACAGGCAUCUAAAGGCUAUGUCCCUGCUGGACAAGGUGCAAAAGGCCCUUCUGCUGGGGUACCAGACUGGACAGGGUCCAAAGGUCUUGGCCCUAUAGGAGGACAGUCUACUAAAAGUGUGGGUUCUCUGGCUCCUGAAACAAAAAGUCUUGGUCCCCCGGUACUGGACAGAAAGUCUAUCCAAUCUGCAAACAAGGGAUAUGGUGCAGGAGCUGGAGUGCCCAAUGGACAGGGUGCUAAACCCAAUGGAUAUGGUCCAGGAGCUGGAGUUCCCAAAGGUCAGGGAGCCAAAGGCAAUGGAUAUGGUCCAGGAGCUGGAGUUCCCAGUGAUCAGGGAGCCAAAGGCAAUGGAUAUGGUCCAGGAGCUGGAGCUCCCAACGGUGCUAAAAGCAAUGGAUAUGGUCCAGGAGCUGGAGUUCCCAAUGAUCAGGGAGCCAAAGGCUAUGGAUAUGGUCCAGGAGCUGGAGCACCCAACGGUGCUAAACCCAAUGGAUAUGGUCCAGGAGCUGGCAUUCCCAAUGGUCAGGGAGCUAAACCCAAUGGAUAUGGUCCAGGAGCUGGAGUUCCAAAUGGUCAGGGAGCCAAAGGCAAUGGAUAUGGCCCAGGAGUUGGAGCACCCAACGGUGGUAAAAGCAAUGGAUAUGGUCCAGGAGCUGGAGUUCCCAGUGGUCAGGGUGCUAAACCCAAUGGAUAUGGUCCAGGAGCUGGAGCACCCAACGGUGCUAAACCCAGUGGUGCUAAACCCAAUGGAUAUGGUCCAGGAGCUGGCAUUCCCAAUGGUCAGGGAGCUAAACCCAAUGGAUAUGGUCCAGGAGCUGGAGUUCCAAAUGGUCAGGGAGCCAAAGGCAAUGGAUAUGGCCCAGGAGUUGGAGCACCCAAUGGUGGUAAAAGCAAUGGAUAUGGUCCAGGAGCUGGAGUUCCCAGUGGUCAGGGUGCUAAACCCAAUGGAUAUGGUCCAGGAGCUGGAGCACCCAACGGGGCUAAAAGCAAUGGAUAUGGUCCAGGAGCUGGAGUUCCCAACGGUGCUAAAGGCAAUGGAUAUGGUCCAGGAGCUGGAGUUCCCAGUGAUCAGGGAGCCAAAGGCAAUGGAUAUGGUCCAGGAGCUGGAGCUCCCAACGGUGCUAAAAGCAAUGGAUAUGGUCCAGGAGCUGGAGUUCCCAGUGAUCAGGGAGCCAAAGGCAAUGGAUAUGGUCCAGGAGCUGAAGUUCUCAAUGGUGGUGCUAAAAGCAAUGGAUAUGGUCCAGGAGCUGGAGCACUCAACAGUGGUAAAAGCAAUGGAUAUGGCCCAGGAGUUCAGGAACCCAGUGGUGCCAAAAGCAAUGGAUAUGGUCCAGGAGCUGGAGUUCUCAAUGGUGGUAAAAGCAAUGGAUAUGGUCCAGGCGCUGGAGUUCCCAGUGAUCAGGGAGCCAAAGGCUAUGGAUAUGGUCCAGGAGUGGGAGAGCCCAAUGGACAGGGUGCUAAAGCAACCAAAACUGGCUACGGUGCUGGAGCAGGCAGCUAUCCUGGGGCAGGGAACAAUGGCUAUGGAGCAGGUCUUGGACAAGGAGGAUACCCCCAGAAUGGAGCAGGCAAAGCUCCAGGCGGUGCCAGUCUGGGACAGGGAGGAUACCCUCAGGGAGGAGCAGGAGGAUACCCUCAGGGAGGAGCAGGAGGAUACCCACAGGGUGGAGCAGGGGGAUACCCACAGGGUGGAGCAGGGGGAUACCCACAGGGAGGACCAGGAGGAUACCCCCAGGGAGGAGCAGGAGGAUACCCACAGGGUGGAGCAGGGGGAUACCCACAGGGAGGACCAGGAGGAUACCCACAGGGAGGAGCAGGGGGAUACCCACAGGGAGGACCAGGAGGAUACCCCCAGGGAGGAGCAGGAGGAUACCCCCAGGGAGGAGCAGGAGGAUACCCCCAGGGAGGAGCAGGAGGAUACCCACAGGGAGGAGCAGGAGGAUACCCCCAGGGAGGAGCAGGAGGAUACCCCCAGGGUGGAGCAGGAGGAUACCCCCAGGGAGGAGCAGGAGGAUACCCCCAGGGUGGAGUAGGAAAACCAGGCAAAGCUGGUGGUGGUGCUAAUCUGGGACAGGGAGGAUACCCCCAGGGUGGAGCAGGAAAAUCAGCGGGUUAUGGUGAUCAAAUGGGAGGAGCAUACCCCGGGGCUGGAGCGGGCAACGGCUAUGGGAAUGGUGGAGGCCCAGCUGGGGGGGCCAAUGCAGUGCCUGCAGGCUAUGGCAAUGGCUACGGUGCUGGUGCUGGAGGCAAUGGUUAUGGAGCCGGGAUUGGGUACCCAACAGUGUUAGCGGAUGGUGCUGCUGGGCUGGGAGGCAAGGCAGGCAAGGGAGCAGGAGGUCUUGGCGCAGGAGGAUAUCCACAGGGACAGGAGCAAUAUGGGGGUGCUGGCUCUGGUCCUGGUGGUGCUCUGCCCUAUGGGGGCCAGCCUGUGGUCCCCGCUGGGCUGGGGCCUGAUGGUGGGAAGUCGGACGGGUACGGCCCGGGUCCCUACAGGGUUGCUCAGCCUAUGGGGCUGGGGCCUGAUACUGGCCUGGGGGGUGGAGUCGGUCAGCUUCCUUACAAUGGAGCCCCAGUCAAUACUGCUGGACUAGAUGGUGAUGGAGGCUACCCUUAUGGCGCUCAGCAACUGGGCCUUGGUGGUGGUGAUGGAGGCAAAUCCUUUAGCAAAUAUGGCAACGGUGGGUUGCCACUGGGUGCACAGCCUUAUGGACCUGAGACUGGUGGUGUUGGUGGUGGGAAACCACCUUGCAAAAAUGGAAAUGGAGGGGGCUAUGGAGCGCAGCCAGCAGGCUAUGGUCAAGGACAGCUGGGUGCAGGUCAGAGUGCCCCCUACAGUAACGGAGCAGGAGGGAAGGAAAGCAAAUAUGGUGGUGGUGGACUAAAUGGAUUCUUUGGAAAUGGAGGAUACAAAGGUUAAGUUAAUCAGCUGAGGCCUUCUUGAAGUGAAUAUUUGUUCCAUUCCAUCAUGUGUUCAUUGUGAUGUUUGUUGUUUGGUCUGUUGUUACUUUUAUCCAUUCCAUUUUUAUUCUGUAUUUGUCAGUUUUUUCUUCAUGGUCCCUGUCUUUUGUAUUGUUGUGUGUGACUGUCCCCUCUCUUCCUCUAUGCCCCCUGCCUGUUUUUGGAGAUUGUGUUGCCAGUGUGUUUGUGUUCAUAUCCAUUUCACACUAAAGGUCAGAAAGCAACCGUAUAAUGUCUGUCUGUCUCCUCAUUCUUUUAACCUUGGUAAAAGUAUGGUAAAUGUACUGUACAUGUAAUGUGAGGGUUGAGUUUUAAGAAUGAAGCUCUAUGAGUUGAAAUCAACACCAAAUAAAAUAAAAUUCAAAGACAUGUUCCCAAAACCUGA